AUGGUCCAUCACCCCAAUGUAAUUCAGCUCUAUGAAAUCAUAGAGUCUACCAAGCAGCUAUAUCUGAUCAUGGAAUUUGCUAACGGUGGAGAGCUGUUUGACUAUAUAGUUUCAAAAGGACGCGUAAAAGAAGGAGAAGCCUGCAAAUUUUUUCAACAAAUUCUGUCUGGGAUUUCUUAUUUGCAUAGGCUGAAUAUCAGCCAUCGUGAUUUGAAGCCUGAAAAUUUGUUGCUUGAUGAAAAAAAUAACAUAAAAAUCAUAGAUUUUGGGCUUAGUAAUAUAUAUAGGCCUGGGGAACUGUUAAAGACGGCGUGUGGAAGCCCGUGCUAUGCAGCGCCAGAGAUGAUUGCGGGGAAGCGUUACCAUGGGAAUAGGGUUGAUAUUUGGAGUACUGGGAUUAUUUUGUAUGCGCUGAUAUGUGGAUAUCUGCCAUUUGAAGAUCCGAAUACUGCUGCUUUAUAUAAAAAAAUUUUAAGUGGUACUUAUGUGUGUCCUAAAUGGAUAUUACAAUAUAAAUACUCUUAAUUAGCAGAAAUAAUAGUCAAAAUUAUUUUUUAUAAAAAAUAAUAUCAGAUUUAUAAGAAAAUUAAAUUUUUUUUUUAAAAAAGAAUAAGCACUGAUGGAAAAGAUUUAAUGAAAAGAAUUUUAAAUACAAACCCAGAAGAAAGAUACACAAUUGAUAUGAUAAAAAGGCAUCCAUGGUACAGCCUGCACCAUCCACAAGCUGUUAACAUUGAAACUGAUGUCCAAAUUGAUGAAGAUAUAUUAAAAGAGCUUCCGAAAUAUGGAAUUGACAGUGAAGCAGCCAGAAUUAAUCUGCAAAGCAAUAAGCACAAUAAUAUAACCACAACCUAUUAUUUAGUCAAGAAAAAAUGAAUUGAAGAAAAGCCUAAACUUUCCUCAACCUUUAUAAAAACUAUAAGAAAUGAAGAAAUGAUGAAGACUUUAGAUAGAAAACCUUUUGAAAGCACAGGAGGAAGCUCUUCUAAAGAUCAUGAUUUAGUCUACAAAGGACCUAUUUUAAGGUCGUAUUUUAAACAUACACGAGCAGAAAAUGCUCAAUCUGCAGUUAGAGGCCGCCAAAAUGUAUAUAUGAGUUCUGUAUCUCCACAUUCUCCAAGAGAACAAAGAUCAUCAAGCAUAAAUACAUCAACAAGGCCACCAGUUGCACCAUUAAUUCCAAGGAUCCCUAGUAAAUCGAAACAAUCUGUUUCUCCAAGACCAAUUCGUGGAGGGAGAACUUAUGUUAUAUCAGCAAGAACAAAAACUCCUUUAGACCAUCAGUCUUUAAAUUCGUCACUGCGACAAUCUCCAAGGGUAGGAAUUGAUGGUGAUUUAUUUGUUUUUAAAUAUUAAAAUAAUUUUUUUUUUUUAAAAUUGUUUUUUAUAUAUAAAAGAAUUGACACUAGCUCUAAAGCAGACGAUUUUUCUUUUAGACUAAGCUAA